AUGUCCUCUACUAAUCAUUCUCGUUUUCCAUUGAACACUCUUCGCUGGGGAAACAUUGGUUAUGGAACUCCUGGAACUAAUACAACACACAGCCAUAAACCCCCCAAAACACCCGCACCGAUAUAUCGACAUGCUGCCCCGUCGGGACCUUGGCCAUGGAUGGACCUCGAGUCGGACGCUAUUUUAGAGCCAGAGCCUGUUUCACCAGCAGGACAGUCAGCGAGACAAUUGAAAUGGAGGGGAUAUCCUCAAAACUUGUUUGGUAACUGGAUCGCCGAUCGAGUUGCACGGUGUAAGAUGGUCGAGAAUUGUUCCAAGGACCCUCGAGAAAAAUGCAGGAUCUACUAUGUCGAUGUGCUUGAAACGGGAUUGUUCAAGUCGGUUCAAGAUACCCAACCACCUGUUGAUGUCGAUGAACGCGCUUUAAAUCAGCUUUGGGAUCAUUUGCAGAUACAGCCGAAUGGCCUUCGCCUCAGGGUAUUGCUUGUCGACAACAUGAAACACCCCGUACUUCAGAUGCUGGGAACAAGGUACAACAUCGAACCGUUCUUUUUCACGUCCUCAUUGAACUGGAUCCCUUCUCGAUACCAAGAAGAAGUUGUCAAGAAAAAAGGAGAUCACAUUACGGUUACUCUUUUGUUCAUACGCGCGGUAUCAUGGGGGGUGACUCCAGCAUCCUCGCAUAACAAACACGUUUCCGGUGAGAGCUCUAUGCCCUUGUGCAAAUUUAAACUUGAUUGUUUUAUAGACAGUGAGAGGGCUAUAGACACACAAGAGUCACUUCGUCUUCGCUCUGUUAGCUCGUCAGCGGAAAAGUACCUCCUUCAGGACAUGCUCGCUCUGCAUAUGAUAAGAUCAUCCGAUCCCUGUGGUAGUACUAUCAUAUCUUAUCACCCCAGUUCUCAUUGGAAUAGGACAACCGCAGAGCGAUUGAAGAAUUUAGUCCAUAAAGUGGGAGAGAGCGUGUAUUGGCAGAAGAUAUUUGAACAGUCCAGGGAUCCAUCAUUAGUCUUCUUGGCUAUCCUUUGGUAUGCGCUUUACGCUUGGGACGAAUCCUUGGACCAUCUGUACACUCACAUGAACUGGCUGGAAACGAAUGUACUAUUGACGAACGAUAGCCACCUUACGACUGAGUUGCACACUAUCCAGGCUCAACUACUUCAUUAUGCUUCACUUCUUGAGGAUUUCCGCAAAUCUGUGACCUUUGUUAGGAACACGCCGAGUCCUGUUCUAGAGUCCUCCGAAUUUACUGAGCAUGCAAGAAGAGACACGAAUAAAUUGAUGCGCAAGGAAUGCGACAAUCUCCUUUCGGAAAUUGACAGGCUAGGCUUCCAGUUGAAAAACAUCACAGACCUUGCUAAAGCGACCGUGAACUUUGUUGAUAGUCGACGGAUGCAAGAUCUGACGACAGCAACAGUCCGUGAUUCGGCCGCAAUGAAACAGAUUUCCUAUUUGACAAUGAUUUUCCUCCCUGCCAGCUUUAUUGCAUCGGUAUUUGGAAUGAAUGUCAGGGAAAUUAUCACCGGUGCCACGGAAACUCUAGCCAAUUAUGUGACUGUUUCUGUCACAUUCACCGUACUCACUGCGUGGCUUGUAGUUGCAUUGCAAUCUCACUCGCCGUUCCACGAGGCAGGGACUGGAUUCUGGCGACGGCUUGCAUGGCCGGUUACAUACGUCAUGAGACCCACAGGCCUGCGGCAGUCGCUCAGAAGUCAGCCCGUUUUGUAG